AUGAGUAUUCAAGAUAUUGUUGAAACUUACAGUACCAAAUGGUACGUUGUUGUACUGGUUGCUUUGAUUGUAUACAAGGUUUUUGAUUUCUUUUAUGCUAGAUAUUUGAUGUAUAAGCUUGGUGCUAAGCCAUUCCUUCAAAGUCAAACCGACGGUUAUCUUGGUUUCAGAGUUCCAUUUGAAUUGAUGGGAAAGAAGAGUGAAGGUACACUUAUAGACUUUACAUAUCAACGUACUUUGGAGCUUGACAAUCCCGAUAUUCCAACAUUUACAUUCCCAAUAUUUUCUGUUCUGAUUAUCUCAACUCUUGAACCAGACAACAUCAAAGCUAUUUUGGCCACACAAUUCAAUGACUUUUCAUUAGGUACAAGACAUUCACAUUUUGCUCCUUUAUUAGGUGACGGUAUUUUCACUUUAGAUGGUGCUGGUUGGAAACAUAGUAGAUCUAUGUUGAGACCACAAUUUGCAAGAGAACAGGUUUCUCACGUUAAGUUGUUGGAACCACAUAUGCAAGUUUUUUUCAAACAUAUUAGAAAACAUCAUGGCCAAACCUUUGAUAUACAAGAAUUGUUUUUCAGAUUAACUGUUGAUUCUGCCACUGAGUUUUUGUUUGGUGAAUCUGUUGAGUCUUUAAGAGACGAGUCCAUCGGUAUGUUAAACGAUGCUCUUGAUUUUGAUGGUAAGGCUGGAUUUGCUGAUGCCUUUAACUAUUCUCAAAACUAUUUGGCUUCUCGAGCUCUUAUGCAACAAAUGUACUGGAUUUUGAACGGAAAAAAGUUUAAAGAAUGUAAUGCCAAGGUUCACAAGUUUGCUGAUUAUUAUGUUGAAAAAGCAUUGGAAUUAACUCCGGACCAAUUGGAAAAACAAGAUGGGUAUGUUUUCUUGUAUGAAUUGGUAAAACAAACCAGAGACAGACAAGUCUUGAGAGAUCAGUUAUUGAAUAUAUUAGUUGCUGGUAGAGAUACCACUGCUGGUUUAUUAUCAUUUGUGUUUUUUGAAUUGGCAAGAACUCCAAGAGUAGCAAAUAAAUUAAGAGAAGAAAUCGAAGACAAAUUUGGCCUUGGACAAGAUGCUCGUGUUGAAGAAAUUUCCUUUGAAUCUUUAAAAUCAUGUGAAUAUUUGAAGGCAGUGCUUAAUGAAUGUUUAAGAUUAUACCCAUCUGUUCCACAAAACUUUAGAGUUGCUACCAGAAAUACCACAUUACCAAGAGGUGGUGGCAAGGAUGGUUUAUCACCAGUAUUAGUUAGAAAGGGUCAAACUGUGAUGUACAGUGUGUAUGCUGCCCAUAGAAACAAACAAAUUUAUGGUGAAGACGCACUUGAAUUCAGGCCAGAAAGAUGGUUUGAACCAGAGACAAAGAAAUUGGGCUGGGCCUUCUUACCUUUUAAUGGUGGUCCAAGAAUUUGUUUGGGUCAACAAUUUGCUUUGACUGAAGCUUCUUAUGUUACUGUUAGAUUACUUCAAGAGUUUAGCCACUUGACAAUGGAUCCAAACACUGAAUACCCGCCAAAGAAAAUGUCCCAUUUGACAAUGUCUCUAUUUGAUGGUGCCAACAUUCAAAUGUAUUAG